AGAAGAACAAUAACAAGUGCUGCAAUUUAUUCGCAAAUCGAAGAAAGAAUUUCGUAUGUAGGGAUUUGAGCUACUUUUGUGAUUUUUUGAAGGAAACUGUCAAAAAUUUGUUUUGCAAGCAAAUUUUCAGUCAUUUUGCCAGUGAGCCUCGCAUUGCAGCUCAUUGUAACGUUCAGCAGACCCUUUCUGAGAAAAGCAAAUCACAUCACAUAAGUGGAAUCUGGUACUGUUAACAGUACCAUUGGAUGUUAUCUCUGGAUAUUCUACCUGUCCAAAUGGAUGGGUAAAGAAGAAAGUCGAAAAAUUUGAAGAAUAGUGUAAACGUUUUGCACUUUGCCAGCUUGAAACGCAAAGGAGCGGAGAUGGCAGGUGAAGUUUCGAGACCUGACGCUGGCGCCCUAGCAGGGGUGCUGGAGAUGACUGCCACCGAUAAUACCAUUAGAUUUAGUGGCCACACUUUAGACAAAGCCACAAAGGCUAAAGUAACUCUUGAAAAUUAUUAUUCAAACCUGAUUGCUCAGCAUUUGGAGCGGAAGCAAAGACUAGCAAAGCUCGAAGAGAGUUUAAAAGAUGAAGGGCUUUCAGAGUCCCAAAAGCAAGAAAAAAGGCUACAGCAUGCUCAGAAAGAAACAGAAUUUUUACGCCUCAAACGCUCCAGGCUAGGUGUUGAAGAUUUUGAACCCUUGAAAGUGAUUGGUAGAGGAGCUUUUGGAGAAGUACGUCUAGUUCAGAAGAAAGAUACUGGACAUGUCUAUGCAAUGAAAAUAUUGCGUAAAGCUGAUAUGUUAGAGAAAGAGCAAGUGGCUCAUGUAAGAGCAGAGCGUGAUGUUCUUGUUGAAGCUGAUCAUCAAUGGGUCGUUAAAAUGUUUUAUAGUUUUCAAGAUCCAAUUAACCUGUAUCUAAUAAUGGAGUUCCUACCUGGAGGAGAUAUGAUGACACUUCUGAUGAAGAAGGAUACCUUGUCAGAAGACUGUACUCAAUUUUACAUUGCAGAAACUGCUCUUGCCAUUGACUCUAUUCAUAGAUUGGGUUUUAUACACAGGGAUAUUAAGCCUGAUAAUCUUUUGUUGGAUGCUCGGGGACAUAUCAAAUUAUCAGAUUUUGGUUUAUGCACUGGUUUAAAGAAAUCUCACCGUACAGAUUUCUAUAGAGAUCUCAGCCAAGCUAAACCCUCUGAUUUUAGUGAGUAUUCGCUGUUCAAUACCUCCAGUCCUAUGGAUAGUAAACGUAAGGCAGAAAGCUGGAAGAAAAAUCGGAGAGCUCUAGCCUACAGUACUGUUGGAACUCCUGAUUACAUUGCUCCUGAAGUCUUUUUACAAGCUGGUUAUGGACCUGCUUGUGAUUGGUGGAGUUUAGGGGUCAUCAUGUAUGAAAUGCUAAUAGGUUAUCCCCCUUUUUGUAGUGAAAAUCCUCAGGAAACUUAUCGUAAAGUAAUGAAUUGGCGAGAGACAUUAUCUUUUCCACCUGAGGUGCCAAUAUCGGAAGAGGCACGUGAAACAAUAGUCCGCUUUUGCUGUGAUCCCGACCGUCGUUUAGGUUCUCAACGAGGUCUAGAAGAGCUGAAAUCAGUUCCAUUUUUCCGUGGGGUUGAUUGGGACCAUAUUCGAGAAAGACCCGCUGCAAUCCCUGUUGAUGUACGAUCAAUUGAUGAUACAUCAAACUUUGAUGAUUUCCCAGAUGUCAAACUCGAAAUUCCUGCCGCUCCACUGCCUCAAGAUGGAGAAGUCAUCUAUAAAGAUUGGGUGUUUAUUAAUUAUACCUUCAAGCGAUUUGAAGGUCUUACCCAAAGAGGUACUCCCACGAAAAAAUGAAUCUCAAGUUACCAACUAUCUUAUCACGCUGUCAAGUAAAUGUGGACAGUUCCAACGAAAGACUCUUUUUAUUAUUAUCGUUUUGUUUAUUUUUAGUGCCACCCAUCAGAUGACAAUACUGUAAAUAUAUAGUGCUCUCUUUCUUUAUCUGUAUGCGCCUGUUGUGUGAAUGAUUGUGCGUACGUGAUGUGCGUUAGGCAGCUGUCUCCCUACCAAUCUGCCUUAUUCUCAUGCAAACUGUUUAGUGUCCUGAGCAAGGAAGUGAUAUGCAUGUUUCUUUUGAGUUCUCUCAGUACUGCUCUUUUAGCUCAUUUUUUUGUUUGUGCUGCCGACAGCUGGAAGAGCUGUUUUUUAAUUGUCUUUACUAAUGUUAUAGUAUGUUGUAUGUCUAUUUCAUAAAUUAUUUAUGUUGUCGCUUUUAUAAUGUAGUAACAUUGUUUUGUUUUGUUUAAAUUCCUAUUUGUCUUGCAGGCUUAUUGUGGCACAAUAAUAAUGUUAAUGAAAAAAUAAUAAUAGUUAUUAUUACCUAUAUCAGUGAGUAGGAUGGAAAUGUUUAUUUUCCACAUUAAACUUCCAUUUCCUAUCUUGGUACACUUGUGAUUGAGUUUUGAUGGCAGGAUGUUAAUAUUUCUUGGUUUAAUUUGGUACAUGAUCAUGCUUGUUUUAGAUUAGGUGAUAUUGUAGGGUGCAGACAUUCCUAAACAAUUUAGUCAUCCUGUUUUGUUUUUGUUUUCCAAAUGUAAGCCUCAUAUUCUAAAGAAGAGCAUUUUUGUACUUAGAUGAGAGGUACCACUCCUACUGUGAGUUGUGUAACUUAUUAGUUCUUCUAGUUUGAAGCCUCUCUAGCCAUAUAAAAGUCUAAAUAGUCAGAGGACUUUUCAGGUCAACCCAGAUUUUCCAAAAUACGUUAAAUUUCCAAACGAGGUGUUUCACAUAUAAAGUUCUAUGAAAUCUUGUUUUUUAUUCAAGAAUUUUAUUUAUGAUCUUACCCUCCUGCUAGUGCCUACAGCUUUGAUGAAGGUACCUUGUUGAUUGUUUUGAAGUCCAAUUGGACUUGAACUAACAGUUAAAUCUUCUUGUUUUGUGAUUGUAAGGUCAAGGAGCUAGGUUUAUCUCAAAUGAAGUGGAAGUUUAACAUAUCAGUUUAGUAAGAUUGAUUGUUACCGCAUGUGAUAUGUGUGUGCAGCUGUGAAUGGGAGCCAGUCAGUCUCUUUAUAAUUAGUUAUUUGGGUUACAAUGCUAUUUUGAAGCAUUGUCUUUGCUUUUAUGUUUUAGGAGGAUGAUAAUUACACAGCACACCAUUGUCUGAUAUUACCAAAUUAUGAUCUUAAAUAUUUGAACAGAAAAGUGUCAUUGGGAGUGCUUGGAUUUAUUUUUUUGACCUUGCAUUCUAUUUUUCUUUUUCUUUUUCUUGUUAUAACUGAAGUGGAUUGCCUCUCUUUCUUUUAUAGGUUUUUUCCUUAUGAUUAAUUUUGAAUUUUCCUUUUGGUAAUAUUUUUUUAUUAGAAUGAAUGAUGAGAGAUCAUUCCUUGCUGGCUCCAUGAUGAAGAGUACUUGAUUGUUUGUGCUGCUUGUAUUUUUGUGUGUUUGUUUGAAUGACUGUUGUAGUAUGUUAAAUAGUGAGUGAUUUCAUGAGUGUGUGUACAUUUUGUCAAGUGUGAAUGUGCUUUAUGCAAUAGAGUCACAUAUAGUCCAAGCAUAGAUUUCUACAAAUGAAUAAUCUCUAUUUAUUUAACAUAAAGUUAUGCUUUUCAAACUGUAGAGGAGCACUGAUUGUUGUACAUAGGGACAUGUUUAUAAACACUCUUUACUGAAAGACAGUCUUAGAGAAAAAUGUGCACUAAUAUUCAGAUUGUUAGUGUAAAUUUGUACUAUUUAGUGCCAAUAUGAAGAUGAGAGCUUAAAAAGAUGUAAAUUGUCAAAUGUGAUUUUUUUUCCUGUUCACUCAGAAAUUAUCCUAAAGAAUUAUUUUAGAGAGACUGCCUCCCCUGUGGAUUUAAAGCCAGUGUUCUUUGAUAGCUAAAUUGUAUUAAUCAUGAUUUGGUACAUGGCAUAAUCUUAUGUACAAAAAUGUUGUCAAUAGAAAGUAAAGUUUGUUUCAUUUUUA